AGCACAUCUACUUACGACCUUUCACGUCCCCUCAUCUGCUCACGAUCGAAUUCACGACUCCAUGCGCGGACAACGGUCCCACAACCUCAACAGAAAGGGCGAAUUCAACCCAGAAGAUGCCGAACGCGUCAAGCACACCCGCAUCGGCGUAUGGGACCUCUACGAGGAGAGGCACCCAGAGCUCAAAUAUGUCCCGGGCUCGUCGCGGAUAGAAACAUACAUGCAAAUGCUCGACAGCAUGCCCUUUAUCUGGAGAAUGAUCAAGGACAUACUCAGCAUACGGCAAUGCACCGUCAUGCUGAUCCUCUAUCUAAUCGUAGAAGUUAUAGCUUCUCUUAUACCGGCAGUAUCCCUAUGGUACUCUGGUCAAUUGCUAAACCUAGUCGAAACUGCAGUAGAACAACGCACAGUCGACAUAGAUACCCUCAUACACGUUGCAGGCGGACGCGUAGCCUGCACCAUCGCAUCCCGGCUCCUCUCCUACGGACGCAGCCGCCUCGGUCUCCCCCUGAACUCCCGCAUCCGCCAACACUACUCCACCCACAUCUUCCACUCGAUGGCGCGCCUGGACGUCCCCACGUUCAGCGACUCCGCCGUGCAGCGCCAGCUCGAGUCUGCAUGGUCCACCUCCUAUCGCUCGAGCGUUGCAUGGGAGACUAUCCAGAUGACCUCCGCGGUCAUGACUACGAGCCUCCGUCUGAUCUCGCAGAUGUCUGUACUUGUUGCCGUGCUCCGGGACCAGCGUGACGGCCCGCUACUGGCCAUUAUGAGCUUUUCACAGUCACUCUUUAGCUGGUACACUAUGCGUAAAGGCGGGUGGAAGUCCGGAGCAGUCUGGGCAGCGACAACCAAGAACGACGACUACGUUCGGAUGCAGGGCAUGAAACAUCUUGUCGAUGAUCCACACCACCGAAACGAGCUUGUCGCAGGCAAUUUAGGAGAGUAUCUUACCUCAGAGUACGGGAAACUAUCUGCAAAGCUCGGUUUUGAAGCUGGUGAUUUCCACGAAGUUCGACGCGAGCAUGCUGUCAGAGACAGACUGACCCUCAUGUCUGUCUUGCGAGAGCCCAUGAAAGAACUUCCACAGAUAGUGUUCACUCUCCGCGCCGUGCAAUAUCCUGCGUCGAUACCAAUCUCUUUGGCUUCGCUGACUCUCAUCAACCAAACCGCCCAGUCCUUCAGUUCCAGUUUGUUCCAUCUUUUUGGCGAAACUUUCUCUCUGGCGGAGCAGUUCGCUAGUGUCCGCAAGUUGUAUGAAAUCGAGAAGCUGCAGAAUAAGAUUCUUGAUGGCACCGAGCCAUUCCCGGAGAACCAGCAGUCCUUGAAGUCUGGUAUUUCCGUGGAGUUCAAAAAUGUCUCCUUCCAAUAUCCUGGGACUGAUGGAUAUGCCCUCCGGAACGUCUCGUUUAAGAUUGAAGCAGGACAGCUUUGUGUCAUCGUCGGCGUCAACGGCUCCGGCAAGAGCACUAUCCUCAAACUCAUCUCCCGCAUACACGACCCCACAGAGGGCGAGAUCCUGAUUGACGGGCGGGAUAUCAAGACCCUCAAGCUCGCCGACCUCCGCCAGGCUAUGGCCAUCCUCUUCCAGGACUACACCCACUUCCCCCUCACCAUCCGCGAAAACAUCGCCCUCGGCAACCCCUCCCUCGCACACGACUCCGACAAAAUCGAAGAAGCCGCACGGCUCGGCGGUGCCUCGGGGUUCAUCGAGAAGCUGCCCGACGGGUACGACACGUACCUCGACCGGCCCGUGCGCGACUACUACGCAAGCCUGCCCGAGGGCACCAAGACGCUUUUCGGGCGCGCGGUCGACUUCAGCCGCGUCCGUGGGGCUGGCGGGAUGCGCGCACAGGAGACGACAACGCUCAGCGGGGGGCAGAUGCAAAGAUUAGCUGUAUCGAGGACGUUCAUGAGGUCGCUUACGGCGGAGGGAGAACCCGCGGUGGGACUGCUGCUCUUCGACGAGCCCAGUGCCUCGUUGGACCCCACAGCAGAGCACGACUUGUUCGAGCGCCUCAGAGCGCUCCGCGGAAAUAAAACCAUGGUCUUCUCCUCGCAUCGCUUCGGCAAUCUCACCCGGCAUGCUGAUCUAAUUUUGUACAUGGACGACGCGGAGGUGCAAGAGGAAGGAACGCACGAUAGCUUGGUCGCAAAAGGCGGCGAGUACGCGCGGAUAUGGAAGUUGCAGGCGCAGGCAUUUGUGUGAUAGUUGGACAAUUUAGUAGACAGUUGGAUUUACGUAGAUCUUGGACUCCGAGCGCGCGCUGUGUUUGCCUGUAUUCCAUCUUGAAUUUGGGGAGGUAUUAUAGCAAUGGUGGAAGCCAAUUCUCC